AUGUGCUGGAUGAGCGGUUCGCAAGAAACGAUGAAGGCGCCGCCGUGCUAUCACCGCCAAACCAGAAGAAGCAUCGAAAGCGCGCGAUCAUCGAUCUUGCCAUGGAUGCUUACCAGAUUCAGGUAAUAUCAUCGAGCAACUUGUGUUAGCAUUCAGAUUACAUUGAACGUAGCUGACCCUCGUACCCAACGACGUUAGCUACCGGACAUCAAUGAAGGUAUGAAGAGUUCCAGGCCAGCAAUGGACGCCGAGUUCAGGAAGAUGGCGAUCACGCAGAUCCGUACUUUCAUCUUCGCAGGACACGACACGACGAGUACCGCCAUCGCGUAUGCCUUUUACCUUCUUCACAAACACCAGGACUGCCUCGAGCGCAUCCGCGCAGAACACGACGCCGUCCUUGGUCCCAUCGACCAGACGCCGCAGGUCAUCAAGAACGAUCCAUAUAUUCUCAACAAGCUCGAGUAUACGAUGGCAGUGAUCAAAGAAACACUGCGACUCUUUCCACCCGUAAGCGCCACGAGGAAGGGCGCACCCGGGCUGAUGAUCCGAGAUCCUCAAUCAGGCGAAGCGUAUCCAGCACCGCCUGACUUCCUCGUUUGGGUCAUACAUUACGCUCAGCACCGGAACCCGAAAGUAUGGGGUGACAGCGCGGAUUUGUUCAUGCCUGCGCGUUUCUUGCCCGAGAAUGAAAGCAAGCUGCCAGAAACUGCGUGGCGACCGUUCGAAAGAGGGCCGCGUAAUUGUAUCGGACAGGAGCUUGCGAUGCUGGAGUCGCGCAUUGUUCUAGCCUUGGUAUGCAGGUCGUUCGACUUCCAGCCAGCCUUUGACGCGCUCGACGAGCUCAAGGAUGAUGGCACGGUAUGGGCGAAGGAUGAGAGCUUUCGGAAAGGGAAGCAGGAUCUAGACGGAGAGGAAGCUUAUCCUGUGUUCGUUGGGACAGCGAAACCGCGCGAGGGCAUGCCAUGUCGAGUCCUGAAAGCGCAAUAACAGAGCGAUCCAGACAGUGGCAAGUCAAUUGGCAUACGCUUGAUGGAGAAGCAAAAUCAUAUGGUAUGGGCAUUUGGUAGGUCUAGUACGUAAUGAUAAAGUGAGAGUUUCGCAAUAUCGCGUUCACCAAAGGUGGUGAAACAAGAGCGAAUUCCGCGAAGUCAAUGUCGCCCCUUUUCGCGUAUCGUUGCCGUGGUUCACGGAUCGUUCUGUUGGGUCUGUCUAUGGUGAUAACGUCAGGCUGUCACACGACAGAGUUCUUGCGACGUCUAUUCAGCAUCGAGCAAUGAAGAGUCG